UCUGUCUCACGUUUUUCUCUUCCCCACUUCCAGCAAUUCGUGAUUCUAGAUCUGGUGAUUAGGCAGCAACAUGACAGCAGCUACGACUGCCUUUUCUUAUCGCAGCUGUACGACAGACUACUCCAGGUCGGCAUUAAGAGUGGCUUGAUGACAUUUUCGUGUAGUCGUAUCUUACUAGUUUCUCUAUGUUUCUUCUCUCGUUUUUUCCUCAAGCUAGUAGAGGAAACGUAAAUGGUCUCUUUCAGCUUAGGUACUCGGUAUGGAUUCUCAUCUGUCGUUUCCCCUCUCCUUUGCCCGCCUUUUCACCCUCCUAGUCCGUCGUAACCACUUCUUUGCCCGCCGUCUCCCCCCUCCUUGCAUGUCGUUUUACCCCCCCCCCCCCCCUCUCUCUCUCUCUCUCUCUCUCUCUCUCUCUCUCUCUCUCUCUCUCUCUCUCUCUCUCUCUCCCUCUCUGCCUCUCUCUACCUCUCUUUCAACUUGUCUCUCUUCGUCUCUUUCCUUUCACCAUCACAUUUUGUGUUAACUUCCCAUGCCUAUUCGUUCUCGGCCUAGCUGCUUGUUGUUCACUCCUUUCAUACGCAAUGCCUAAUAUAAUAUCCACUUUAAUUUUGUGCAGGUUUUCUUGUAAACGCGUUUAUGAGUUCCCUACGGCGUUUUGCUGUAAUUCGUUGGGAUGUUCAAUUAUCUCAUUUUCAGCUUUAUAUUCUUAUAAUUGCUGGCGUCCUGUAUUUGGUCUGAUGUGUCUUGCUGCUGUUAUUUGCUCUCAUUCUCGAUCCACAGCAAUGGGAGAGUCCUCGCCUCGUCGUAGUCCGUCGAAGUACACAGGUUGCUCGACCCCUGCGUACGCGCAUAUCGCGUACUCUUCGGAAAUUCUCAGUUGCUCUAAGACGCGGGGGGAUUUCCGCACCGCAAUAUCAGUUGCUCUACCAAAAACCAGUACGCAAUAUUAGUACGCGGAGAGAGUUCCGAGUACGCGGAGAGAGUUCCGAGUACGCGGAGAGAGUUCCGAGUACGCGGAGAGAGGUCCGCCCUGCAUAUCGCAUAUUCUUCCGAAUUUUUUCAAGGCGGAGAGGUCCGCGCCGCGCACCGCACUAUCAGUUGCUCUAAGCCGCCCUCUUAUUUUCGAAUAACAACUUGACACCGUGGUUUCUGUCCGAGUCGGAACUCAUGGGGCGAUCGGCGGAAAUGCGAACACGGCGACUCGCCAUUUCGACGACACGCGUGCUCGACGCGUGGCUGGCACGUGCCAUGGUCCUCCUGGUGGUCGGUGCCUCCGUGGCUUGCGCCGCCUCGUUGUGCGCGCCGUCGUCCCUGCCGGGAUUCGCCAAUUCCGUGGAUCUCUCGGGAAAUGGUCUCGUCCUGCACUGGACCCUCAACUCCUCUCAGCUCCAACUGGCGCUAGAGGCCAAACCGGCCAGUGGGGCCGAGUCCGGCUGGUUCUCAGUCGGCUGGUCGGCAAACUCCGGACGCAUGUAUCCCGCGGAUUGCGUGGUUGGGAACCUUCCGGGAAGCAGCUUGAGCGCGUAUCACAUCAGUGGGUACAGCCUGUCUGACGUGGCGCCCACUGAUGGGUUCUCGAUCGGGUCGCCUGUGCUGUCUGCUGAAAUCAAUGGCGGCAUGAUCAUGAGGUUCUCUCGGUCGGAAGGGGGCGGAGGGGCGGUACCAGUGAGCUUCAGGGGCAGCAGCAGCCUCAUCUGGGCGUUCUCUGAGUCGGGGUCAACCACGCUUGCAUUUCACGGCCGCAACCAAGGUUCGAUGAAUGUGGACUUCACGUGUCAGACUGCACCUGUUGGCGUUGCUAGCUCAGACGACGACGAGGACGACGACGGUGGUGAUGAUGAUGAUGAUGAUGAUGAUGAUGAUAGUGACGACGGUGAUAACGGCGGUGGUGAUGGUGAUGACGAGGAUGAUGACGAGGAGGAGGAGGGAGGGAGCCAGUCAGUGGGAUCCACGUCAGCAGCAGCUGGUGGCAGCCAGGCAUGCCAGGUGUCAACCCUGCCGGGAUAUGCGUGCUCCGUUCAGCUCAAAGGCAAUGAUUUCGUUCUCCACUGGAAAACCGGGGCAACCACUGUAGCAAUCGCUGCUGAGGUGGCAACAUCUGGUUGGGUGGCGGUCGGAUGGUCCAAGAGUAACAAGAUGUACCCUGCUGACGCAGCCAUUGGGAAUCUGCCACGUGGCACUCUCAGCAACGGGGCGGCCGUGGGAGCAUACCACAUGAGCGGGUAUGGGGUGGCUGACGUGGCGCUGACGUCAUCGUUCGAGCUGACAAACACGACUGUGACUACAUCAAAUGGAAGAACGACCAUCGCUUUCGAGCGUCCCCUCUCAGUCGGCUCUGUCCCUAUCAGCACCAACGGCGCCACCACUGUGCUCUGGGCGUACUCUCGCUCCAACUCCCAAGAAUUGGAAGACCACGGGUCGAACGAAGGAUCCAUUAGAAUCGACUUCGUUUCAGGCACAAUAGAGGGUGGGAAGUCGAAAAGCAGCGCUGCAACUCUCUAUGCCGCACACGGGUGGAUCCUCACUGUAGCUUUUGGCAUUCUCAUGCCGGCUGCCAUGCUUAUAUCGAGGAUAUUCCUGGCGGAUAAGCCAGCUCCAGACCCUGCUACUGUAGCUGAAGCAACAGCGGCGGCAGCAGGAGCGGCCGUAAAUGUAACUCCGGUUACCGUUGUUACGAUAGUGAAACCAUGGAUUACUAAGCCUCAGGCGUUUGUGGCCCACAAGUGGACAAUGCUCCUCGCUGUCGUGCUCUCAUUGGCCGGAAUCAUCAUGGCGUUGGUCGAAUCGGGAUCGAGCUCCUUCCAGUCUACACAUGGCAGGCUGGGAUUGGCCGUGCUGUUGCUGAUCGUUCUGCAGCCAAUCAUAGGCCAGCUGAGGCCGAUCAAGAGCCACUUCGCGCGACGCUAUUGGUUUGCGCUGCAUUGGGUGGUUGGUGUGGCGAUCGUGGCAAUGGCUUGGAGCAACACGUACCUUGGGCUCGACCUGGCUAGCGAGAGAUUCGGCUUCAACACUGAUUGGUGUUACAUCGUUUUCUCCAUUCUGAUUGGUCUCUUCACUGUUGCUUAUGCUAUUGAUUUCGCCUGUGAUUACGUGGGGUUCAUCGCGCUUCGAUACAAGCAGCCUCACACUGAAUCGCAUCCGCUCUGUGCUAAGGUGGUGGAAAUUGUGUAGCUUGUUGGCUAAUCUAGUACUACCCGGGUUUGCGUGCAUGCAUGCCCAUCUCGGCGUUUUAUUAUUGAAUACCUUUUUGCUACUGUAAAGUUUGCUGAUAGUUACAGUUAUCUUACGAUGGAGGAAGAUGUUUUGUUUGAAGGUGUAGUAGCCCAUAUUAUCAGGCUUU